UGUGAAUGUGUGAUGGCUUCCCCGUACAAUCCCCGCCGGCGGCAGCUGGGCGGGGGGCAGUCCGCCUGGCCGGAUCUCCCACCGGAGCUCCUGGAGAGCAUCCUACGGCGGCUCGCCCCGCUCGACCGUGUUGCCGUCCGCCUCGUCUGCUCCUCGUGGCGCUCGUGCGCGCGAGCUUCGAUCUGGGCUGACCUCCCCUUCGGGGCCCCGCGACUCCUGCUCCGGCGCCCCGGCUCCUGCGGCAGCCUCGCCUUCUUCAGCCUCCACCGCCGCGAGAUCCUCCCUUUUGCCCUCCCCGACCGCCUCAGCUCCGGCCGGUGCUGCGGCCAGAUCGGCGGCUGGCUCGCGAUGGCCUUCGACGAGGAGCGGGCGAUCGAGCUCCGCAACCUCUUCUCCGGCCAAUUCGUGUCCAUGCCGCUGUCCCCCGUGUUCCCGGUGGCCAAGAUCGUGCUGUCCGCGCCUCCCACCUCGCUCGGCUGGGUGGCGGCCGUGCUGGGCCGCGCGGGCACGGUGGCGCUGCUCCAGCCGGACGUGUCCGGCGGCGCCUGGAUCACGAUCGCCGCGGGGGUGCCGCACGGAGGGUUCCGGGACGUGGCGUUCUGGAGGGGGCGGCUGUGCGCGCUGGCCGACGACGGCACGGUCCUGGCGUACCGGGUCGACCUCCGCGCGCGCGUAGCGGCCGUGUCACAGCUGCGCGAGAAGGACGCCAACCACCUGAACCGGUGGCUGGAGCGGCGGGCGCGGUACCUGCUGGAGUAUGACGGAGAGCUCCUGCUGGUGAAGAAGCUGUACAGCGUGGUGCGGGACUCGGCGGACGUGCAGGUGGAGGUGUGCCGGUUCCGGCCGGAGGAGUGCAAGUGGGAGACGGUGACGGAGCUCCCUGGGAGGGCGGUGUUCCUGGGGUUGGUGGCGUCGGUGGUCGUCGCGGCGCCGGCGACGGUGGGGAUCCGGGAGAACUGCGUCUACUUCGCGCGGCGGGACGUGGAGCUCAUGGUGCCGCAUGCCAUCGGCGUGUACUCGCUGGGGGACCGGGAGACGGCGGUGGUGGCCAUCGCGGGCGGGCACUCCGUGGAGGUGGAGCCCGUGUGGAUCCUCCCCUCGGUCGCCUGACUGAACCCACGCGCGGACCGGCGUGCAAGAAUAAUAAACCAAGCUCGUGAGCCUUAUUCGGAUGUUAGAACUGUGGAUUGCUUUGCGUGUUGUAGUUCAUGAGAUUGAUCGGUGAUUUGGGUUUCUAAUACUGUAUUCUAGAGGGGCGGAACACUGCUUUGUCUGAA